AUGUGGUUUAAUUCAUUGUAUCUUAUCCUUAUUUUAACAUUCUUCAUAAUAUUUUGUUCUGCACAAUAUGAUACAACUCUAACAUAUUAUGAGGAUCCAUCCAAAGAGUUGUACUUUUUUGAUAGCUUUACUGAUACCGAUGGAAGCCUUUUGAUACAGCUUGCUCGUUAUAAUAACCCAGACCAAACAUGUAUCGAUCCCGACAUACACUUGAGAGUCGUAUACGCCAACGGAACUGUAAAGCCAUUGGAGGUUGCUCAUCGAAUUCCAAUAUACAAUUUUUGCAUGCUUCAAAAGGUUUUCAUGAAUUACUUUAUCAAUGACUUUAUGAUCCUUCUCACUUUUUUUAAUGGUGAGGAUGAGGCGACGACACUACACACAGGAAUGAUAAUCGAUUUUGAUGGAAACCUUUUGCAGUAUUUUACGAUGGGCGUCGGAAUCGGAGAUAUCCAUCGUAGUAAGAACAAAGAAACUGGAUUUACAUGGUCUCGUAAAGUAAAUGCAACUACAAUCGCAUGGUCAAGGUUCAUUGCAGACUCGGGUGAUGGCGGGAAUUGUCUCGUCAUUGUGACAAAGCUAAAUAAAUUUUAUGCUUCAGAUCCUUCUUGGGAAGUAAACGCAUUCUUUAUAGAUAAAAGCGCAGUGGAAAUCAGCCUUCCAUAUUUACUAUAUCAAAGUCAGUUAAAUUUGCAUGGAAUAGAGUUUGUCCAUUGUCGAAAUUCAAAUGGAGAAGGAUAUAAAUGUUUAAUGAACAUCCAAACAUUAAUAACCGCAGCGAAACAAGCUGAAGUUAGUACAAAUAAAGUAUAUUAUUUGAUCACAUUUUUAACCUCCGGAUCCGUGAUAAGUAAUAAAAGAAUAGAUUCGUUCGAAAUUUCCAAAAAAAGAGAAGUAUUGGCUGUGAGUGUUUUAUUUAAUGGCGGAUUUCUACUUGUCUAUGAGCCUAUGCAAGAUAGUGUAAAGUCGGGUGUAUUCUUGACGCAAAGUGGUGAUUACGAGGGUGACUGGAAAGGUUUACCCGGUGAAGUCCUACAGUUCGGGUAUCUUGAACAUAAUGACACGAUGUGGGGGAUGUUAUUCCAACAAAGUCCCGAGUCCUGGACAAUAAUGACAGAUAAAUUACGUGUGAUAGAGUUUAACUAUAAACACAGAAACCCAAGCAUCCUUGAAACGACACCUACUGAUGAUGUGAUUAGAUCAAAAGAUGAACAAAUCACCAUAAAAUAUGAUAAACCUAUAAUACUCUCAUCGGGAAAUAUAUCGAUUUAUCAGGUUAUUGAUAAUAUGAAUGAAUUGUUACGUCAAUCGUAUUCAGGCUUAUCUAAUGCUGUUUCGGUGGAAAACGAUACAGUUUUCAUAAAGGUUUUGUCCAGUACUUUCAAUAGCCUGAAUUCUACAUAUUUCAUCCAAAUCAAUGACGAUUUUGUUAGUUCGCAACGAUAUGGAGAGGCUAUAUCGGGAAUUAAUAAGAGAGUAUGGUUUUUAAACACUUCAAUUGAGGAACCGACUACUAUAUGUCAAUCAUCGGUCACUGUAUUGGUAAAAUUAAAUGCCAAAGGGACUGAAUAUUUUAAAACACUUAAAAUAAAAGAUUUUGAUGCAUUUUAUAAUGACCUGAUGAACGAAUUGUCUGAGAUCAUUCCAGUUGAUAGAACCCGAUUGCCAGAUACAGGAAGGUUUCAAAGUGAUCCUGUUGAUUCAAAUAAUCUCAUAUUGCUGCAAGUGAAAAUAUCUCAGCCAAAUGAAUCAACAAGGCCUUGCGCAAAGGAUAUCGUCAGUGAUCUGGGCGCUUUGAUCACCAACAAGCAUUCCACCCUUGUGGCACGAUAUCCCCUAUCUAGCAUGUUGGACGAAAAUUACGGUAUUGUUAUAACGGCCGAGGGAUUGAAUAGCGCAUUGAAGUUCGGUUUGAUUUUUAUUCUAUGCGGAUUCUUAUUUGUUAGCUGUCUAUAUGGUUUGGCAAGAUAUAUAAAUAAAAAAGCCCGAAACAUGUUUGUAUUUACGGGGGCCUUUAUAUUGACCGACUUUGUUUUGGAUAUAUUGUUCAUCGUCCAUAAUUCACAGAUGACUUCCUCUUUAUUGAUACCAUCCAUCGUGUUCUUAGUAGUGCCUACGGCUUUCAACAUAUUUUUGGCAUUGUACAUAGUCUUUAAAGAGCACAAAGAAACGUGUAGUGAAUGGUUCAAGAGUAAUAGAUUUUUAGUAGCAAUAAUUACAGUUUUAUCUUCAGCCGACGUAGAAUUGUUGAAUAUAAUUACAUCAAAUAUAUGCAAUUUGAAUUGUUUAAGUGCACCAUUAUCAGAAAAUGACAAAUUUUUCAUCUUUUUGGGAAGCUUUGCAAAUAUCUUCCUUGAGGAUGUACCUCAAUUCAUUAUCCGAGUCAUAUAUUUACAACAAAAUAGCAUCAUAUAUGAUCCCAUUCCAGUGAUUUCAUUAAUAUCUGCCGGUGUUUCAAUAUUAUUCAGUCUUAUUGGACGAGGAUAUGAUACAUUUUCUUUCGAAAAAUCAAAAAGACGUUCGGUUGAAAUGAACAGAGUUGAUCAUGAUUAUUCAAAUAAUAUGAAUAAUAACGGUGCAAAUAAUGAUGUUGAAGAAAGAAUUGAUGAAUCAAUUGAGGAUCCAAAUGACACCUGUGAUGACGACACUAUUAGUGAAGGAUAG